GCGUUGUCUCGCCCUCGCUGUGUCACGCGACAGACGUUGUUGGGUUUGUUUGUUUUUUAAAAAAACAAUCACAGAGUGAGACCGUUAAACAGGAUCUGCUGCAGUGUGUACUGCAGAAACAGACACAGAGACAGAGAGUCCACCGUCCUCCUCCUUCUCCUCCUGAAAACGGGGUCAGAUGAACGAGCUGGUGAGGAGUUUACCGUCCCCGACUCUGCCGGGACUGCACCUGCCGACGUGUCUGCUGCUGGACACACACAAGGGCUGGCUCUUUAAAUGGACCAACUACCUGAAGGGUUACCAGAGGCGCUGGUUCGUCCUCAGUAAUGGCCUGCUCUCCUACUACAGGACUCAGGCAGAGAUGGCACACACCUGCCGGGGCACGAUCCCCCUAGCCACGGCGCACAUUGAGGUGGGGGACACCUGCCACUUGGUGUUGACCAGUGGGGGUCGACACUACCAUCUGAAGGCCACGUCAGAGGCAGAGUGUCAGCUCUGGGUCACGGCUCUGCAGCAGGCCAAGGCUAACGCAACGCUGCUGAUGCAUCACUCAGAUGACUCGGGAGAUGAAGGUCCUGUACCUCAGGAGGACCGGGCCCUAACCCAAGGGGUGCUCAAGACUCUGGCCGGCAAGCUAGAAGACCUGAGCACCUGUAAUGAGCUGAUCGGAAAGCACGGUGCCGCUCUCCAGCGUUCCCUCAGUGAACUCGAGGAACUGCGUGGAUCCGCCGACAACACAGACAAAGUGAAGGCAGUUAAUGAGCGCGCCACGCUGUUCCGCAUCACCUCCAAUGCUAUGAUCAAUGCUUGUCGGGACUUUCUGGACGUAGCAGAAUCUCACAGCCGGCGGUGGCAGAAGGCCCUGCAGCAUGAGCGAGAACAGCGUCACCAUCUGGAGGAGACCAUCGAACAGUUAGCCAAACAGCACAACAGCUUAGAGAGAGCGUGGAGAGAGAACCCCGCCUCAUACACAGGUGUGGAGUGUUCUCGGGAAGGGGACGCAAGUGAUGAGAAUGAUGAGGCAGAGUUCUUUGAUGCCAUGGAGGAAUCCCCUGCAUUCAUAACGGUGACUGCGCGCGGUGAAAUACAGCACAAGCGCUCGGGGAGUAAUCAGAGUAUGAUGAGCGGAGGAGUGCCCACUGACUGGACUCACAAUGAGAAUGACACCUCAGGCACAAACCACAUACAGCUACGAAGAACGAGGCGCAGCCGUAUUCCUGACAAACCAAAUUACUCCCUCAACCUUUGGAGCAUCAUGAAGAAUUGUAUUGGCAAAGACCUGUCCAAGAUCCCCAUGCCUGUGAACUUCAACGAGCCGCUGUCAAUGCUGCAGCGUCUUUCCGAGGAUCUGGAAUACAGUGAGCUUCUGGACCGGGCCGCUCGCUGUGACUCCCCUCUGGAGCAGAUGUGUCUGGUGGCUGCCUUCUCGGUCUCCUCGUACUCCACCACGGUGCGUCGCACGGCCAAGCCCUUCAACCCUCUGCUGGGGGAGACGUACGAGCUGGACCGGCUGGAGGAGUACGGCUAUCGCUCCAUCUCUGAGCAGGUCAGUCAUCAUCCACCAGCUGCUGCCCACCACGUGACCUCACAGAGGGGAUGGACUCUGCGGCAACACAUUGCUAUCGACAGCAAGUUCAGAGGGAAAUAUAUCUCUGUCAUGCCAUUAGGAAACAUUCACCUGCAGUUCCACUCAAAUGGAAACCAUUACGUGUGGAGCAAAGUGACGUCAACGGUGCACAACAUCAUCGUGGGAAAACUUUGGAUUGAUCAGUCUGGGGACAUUGAAAUUGUAAACAACACGACCAAGGACACCUGCCGUCUCAAAUUCUCCCCCUACAGCUACUUCUCCAGAGAAGUGCCACGGAAAGUGACAGGAGUGGUAGAGGACAGAGAGGGCACAGCCCGCUACAUUCUCUCAGGAACCUGGGACGACAAGAUGGAGAGCUCUAGAAUAGUGGACAGCAGCCAGGGAUGCGGGGGCUCUGAAGGCAAACAAAAGACAGUUUAUCAAACUCUUCAGUCUAAACUGCUGUGGAAGAAAUACCCUCUCCCAGAUAAUGCAGAGAACAUGCACUUCUUCUCCUCGCUGGCGUUGACCUUGAAUGAGCCAGAGGAGGGCGUUGCGCCCACUGACAGCCGCCUGCGUCCAGACCAGCGGCUGAUGGAAGCGGGUUUGUGGGAUGAAGCAAAUGCUCAGAAACAGCGGCUGGAGGAGCAGCAGAGGCUGGACAGGAAAAGGCGAGAGGCGCAAGCGCAUCAGGCACUCGAGGAAGGGCAAGACAUUGAGGGUUACCAGCCACUGUGGUUUGAGAAGAGGACAGAUGAAACAACGGGAGAAAAUACUUACAUCUACAGGGGAGGCUACUGGGAGGCUAAAGAAAGACAGGACUGGUCCCAGUGUCCUGACAUCUUUUGAGACAAAGAAAUGACCCCCUACACCAUGGCAUCUGACUGGUCCCUGCUGGUGUAAGGAUGUGUGUGUGUUUUAGUGUGUGUGAAAAUAGCCCUCACUCCCAGAAUCGGAAGCACAAAUGAAAAAAAAAAAACAUUUCCAGCCACGAAUUCCCCUUUUUCUCUGUUCUGUUGUAGCUCGUUUUUUCAGAAGCAUGGCUUCACUUCACAUUCGCUUCAGCAGAGGACUUGUUCAUCAGUGAAAAUAGAGUUAUUCUGUGUGUGUAUGGGACUGGAGAAACAACAGCAUUUUCCUUUUUGCCUAGUGUGCGUUGGAAAUAAUAUCAGCAGGAAGCAGUGCUGCAAAUAUUUUGUUACAUGCAGUGGAUAUCCUGCUCUCCUCAAAGCUGGAACACAUUCUUCAUGCUGGACUCAGGCAGAGACAACAGGCUUUGAAAUGACCAUGAACAGGAUCAAACAUUCCUCCAAGACAAAAGGCCUUUUCACAGCACACACUAAAUUUAUGGAUUAUUGGGGGAUUUUACUAUUCUAUUUCUUAAGAUUGCACAAACUGUAUUUUCAAGGAUAGAGCAGCUCUAGCUGUGAAAACCAAAGUAGAUGUCUUUCUCUUUGGACAGACAACUGACUGAAAACACCUUGCUGUUUUGUCAGCAACAACUGCACAUUAUCUUACGUAGGUUGCCGUUGCAUUUAAGGGUUAUUCAUUCAAGUUGCACAAGUUUGGUGAAUGUAGGAUCUAGACAUUUUUUGGAGCUUGAUGCAUAUUACUGGAUAAAAGUCAGGAUAUAACUGACUCUGGCACAGCUAUUUCACCCACUCUUCUCCCUCUUUAUGGCAGUGCAACUGUAAACCUUGCCAUUUUAGAAAAACCUGGAAACUAAACCAUAAAUGCUCCACUUACUACCUACUGAGGCUGGAAGGGCGGUGCUUGAUGGUAGUUUAUAUUCUUAAUUGUGUAAGUACAUUUCCAAAGAACUAAGUCCCCAAUAACCACUCUGAGAUGUAAAGCAGCUUAUAUGGACACUUACAUGUAUAAUUCAGGGUCAGUUUUAUUUAACUUUCCUAAGAAUAUCAGGGUUCAUCGUCUUGGUAAGUGGCAACAAACUUGUUUCCUCUAUUUGAAACAGUUAAAAUUUUGUAGCCCUAUCUAAAUUGUCAGGCUGAGUCAUAGUUGUGUGAAUCGGAUUUUUACACAUUAGUCCAGAGCCAGAAAACAUUUGGUUUUAAUAAUCGUGUGCAAAUAAGGAUUGUACAUUUGUAGUAAAUGUAGAUGAACAACAAUUAGCAUUUUUAUAAAUAUAGUUUUUAGCUUCCUGUAUAUUAUAAUAGAGCAUGGAGCACAUGUACUGCUGGAUUUGUUUUGGCCUGUAUAUCGCAAGAGUAUAAUACAAAUGGAUUCACCUAAAUUAUAGUUAUUGUUAGAAAAUAUGGUGUCACAUUAACGUACCUUCACUUCAACUCUGUUUGCCUAUACAUUAUCUUAAAUGAGUGAAGAUCGUAAACGAGUCAAUGCCAUGAGGGGAAACCUAAGUAAUGAAUAAACAGGGCAUUUAUAACAAACAGUAUUAUAUACUAUUAAUAAUGCAAAUAAUGUGUUGCUCAAAUAAAGCACAAUAUCAUGUUUACAUGCCGGUGUUGAUUCAUGUUACAAAAUGUACAGGUUUCCAUGGCAAUAUAUGUAGUAGCUGCAUGGUUUUAGAGUGCUUAAGCACUUAUAUCGUGAGAAUCGUCUUUACUUUGCUAAUUUCAUGUGGACUUUUGGUGAAACAUGCAAGUUCUCAACCUUGUGUGCCCAAAGGCCUAAAGAAAAACAGGAUGUUGAUCUCAAAUAAAACCAUUAAGCUGUGACCGUGUAGUUUUUUUUUAAACAAACACAGUUUUGUGAUGUAACAGUACAUUCAAUAACUCACUCACUCACUUAAGAGAAAGUGGUCAUGUAGACUAUAAACCUUAAACUCAUGAUUUUCCCUUUAAACUUUAAAAUCGUCAUCAGUUGCAAUGUGAACUUAUAUACUUGAUGUGCAACAAAAAGCAGCUGUUUAAUGUAUAUCUUUGCCUCAUAGGUAACGCCUCUGCAUUUCCUAAUGCCAUAUAUACUUAAAACAAGUUCCUCCUGAAUUAUUUUAGGUGAUUAACUUGGAAUUUUAAAAUUGUAAAUAUUUACUUUAAAUAAGGUUAUGGCAGAAACCUUAACCUUGCGUUUUAUGUGGGAGUGCUCUCAGAAAUUUGACUUUUAUGUCUUGAAUUUCUACUCAAAAUAAAUUUCUGGCCUUUUUAAACACCAUAAUGAUGAGAUAGUAUCUCAUAAUGGCUUAGUAUCUCAUUGUAGUGACUUAGUGUCUCAUUAUAAUGACUUCGCAUCUCAAAAUUAUGAGAUAGUGUAUCAUUAUUAUGACUUAGUGUCUCAUUAUUAUGACUUUUAACUUAUUAUUGACUUAGCGUCUCAUAAUUACAACUGUAAACCUUGCCAUUUUAGAAAAACCUGGAAACUAAACCAUAAAUGCUCCACUUACUACCUACUGAGGCUGGAAGGGCGGUGCUUGAUGGUAGUUUAUAUUCUUAAUUGUGUAAGUACAUUUCCAAAGAACUAAGUCCCCAAUAACCACUCUGAGAUGUAAAGCAGCUUAUAUGGACACUUACAUGUAUAAUUCAGGGUCAGUUUUAUUUAACUUUCCUAAGAAUAUCAGGGUUCAUCGUCUUGGUAAGUGGCAACAAACUUGUUUCCUCUAUUUGAAACAGUUAAAAUUUUGUAGCCCUAUCUAAAUUGUCAGGCUGAGUCAUAGUUGUGUGAAUCGGAUUUUUACACAUUAGUCCAGAGCCAGAAAACAUUUGGUUUUAAUAAUCGUGUGCAAUUAAGGAUUGUACAUUUGUAGUAAAUGUAGAUGAACAACAAUUAGCAUUUUUAUAAAUAUAGUUUUUAGCUUCCUGUAUAUUAUAAUAGAGCAUGGAGCACAUGUACUGCUGGAUUUGUUUUGGCCUGUAUAUCGCAAGAGUAUAAUACAAAUGGAUUCACCUAAAUUAUAGUUAUUGUUAGAAAAUAUGGUGUCACAUUAACGUACCUUCACUUCAACUCUGUUUGCCUAUACAUUAUCUUAAAUGAGUGAAGAUCGUAAACGAGUCAAUGCCAUGAGGGGAAACCUAAGUAAUGAAUAAACAGGGCAUUUAUAACAAACAGUAUUAUAUACUAUUAAUAAUGCAAAUAAUGUGUUGCUCAAAUAAAGCACAAUAUCAUGUUUACAUGCCGGUGUUGAUUCAUGUUACAAAAUGUACAGGUUUCCAUGGCAAUAUAUGUAGUAGCUGCAUGGUUUUAGAGUGCUUAAGCACUUAUAUCGUGAGAAGCGUCUUUACUUUGCUAAUUUCAUGUGGACUUUUGGUGAAACAUGCAAGUUCUCAACCUUGUGUGCCCAAAGGCCUAAAGAAAAACAGGAUGUUGAUCUCAAAUAAAACCAUUAAGCUGUGA